GAGUUAGUGAGAUGGCUCCUCGAGCACGGAGCGUCGGCGAACAACAAGAACAACGAUGGAUGGUCCGAGAUGAUGACUGCUGCUCAAAUCGGAGAUGUUGAUGCCAUGCUUGUUUUACUGGAAAGUGGCGCGAAGAUCGUCCGACCCGAUUUUGCUGACAGGGACGUACUGCAAGUUGCAUGCGAGUACGGGCAUCUGGAGAUUGUUCGCGCGUUGAUACAGCACGGAGCCGCUGUUAACGUGGAGCAAGAACAUGGAGCAAGUCCGUUAAUGCGAGCUGUUGGUGGCGGCCACACCUCUGUGGUGAGGUUUCUCGUGGAAAGCGGU